CUCUGUGAGGUGAACUUUAUUCUUAAUGUAGUCCAGGUUGACGGAACAAUUUUUUUGAAAAAAGACCGAAGGCCAAAGUGAGAGAGAUAGACAACUAAAAGAAAAGAAAGGGGAAACAUUAUCAGAACUAGAAGCUUAAAAAAACUGAAGGAAAAUAGUAAUAAAAGGUCAAAAUGGGAAGUUUCAUGGGACACAUUCUACCGGGCUCACUCUUCUUUGCGUUCGGCAUGUGGUGGGCCUACAAUAUAUUCUUCAGGUACUUCCUUUGUUUACGAGGAGGCGGUAGUGGAGGAGGAAGCGGAGGAGGAGGGAAAAACUGGAGAAGAGGGUACAGAAGCACUCCAACUUUUAGUUCACGAUGCUGUUCAAAGAUCCCAAUGGAAGCUUUUUUUAAAAUCGCGGCGACAUCUAUCGGCAUUGUAGGCGAGUUCGUGACAGCCUUCAAGAACGGCAAAUUCACGCACCUCAACAACGCACAGCACAUGACGAUGUACUUCUUCUUCGGGCUCAGUGGAGUCAUGGAUCUGGCAAUACACUACCGUCUGCCAGUGCCUCCUGAUGUCGAUUAUGUGUCUGCCGUGUUGGCUUUUAUGGCAGAAGGGGUGCUGUUCUAUUAUCAUUUGCAUGGACGCUCGCACAUGGAUAUACAAAUACACAUGUUUCUGUUCUAUUUGAUCUUAUCCUCUGCUGUCUCCACCAUCGCCGAAAUGUGUCGAAAAUCCAGUGUUCUGCCUGCUCUAUGUCGGGCAUUUUUCACUCUGUACCAGGGCACGUGGUUCAUCCAAGUGGCGUUCCUUCUCUACCCUCCCCCGGGAAUGGCAAAGUGGGACGAAGAGGACCACGGCCAGAUGAUGAUCGUGACCCUGAUCUUCUGCUGGCACGCUGCCCUCAUCUUCAUAGGCAUGGCAGUCAUAGGACGCCUGGCACACACGAGGGUCAAGUGCAUGAAUGAGUCCACCGUGUAUCAAAGUCUGCACGGUCUUCAGGGGAUGGUGAAAAUGGACCCCGAGCAAGUCAGACGCAUGAUUUCGGACGAGUCGGAGGCCGAGGAGGGGGUCUAGAGGCAGCAGAGACGCCAUGGAGGUCAGGAGAGGUUGAUGGAAAAAAAAGCACACACACACACACACACACACACACGCACGCACUUCCUCGCCCCCUCGCACACGCCUACCCCCCUACACACACACACACACACACACACACACACACACACACACACACACACACACACACACACACACACACACACAUACACACACAGACUACCAUCCGCAAUAUACCUUCGUUGAUUACAUCGCCUUUUCACCGUACGAGUUCAGGCACAUCUUCCUUAUAGAAACCGAAGGCAUUCUAUUUCAAACCUUUCGCUGAAUAUCCUGAAAACAAUUUGGGUUCAUAUACCCAUUCCGAUUCCCGAUUUUUCUGCUUUUGAAAAAAAAGAAAAAAUCUCAUAAAACUACUCGAAUUGGAUCAUUUGAUAUCAACUGCUUAAUAUUCCGGCUGUAGCAAAUAGCUUUCCGUGUUCUCCCAGUCAGAAUCGACGGAGAAGGACCCAGGGGGGGAGUAGGGGUAUCUUGCCCUUUCUUCGAAACGCAAGACGAAGAGGAGAAAGCGAUGAAGGAGGAAAAAGACUAAUGAAGAAAUAUGGACGACGAGGAGGAAGAAGGAAGGUGAAGAAAAAAAAGAAAAAGAAGAAAAAGAAGAUAAAGCGCAGAAGAA